AGUUGCUGCUGCUUCCGCUGGCUCCUGUCUGGAUAAGCUGGGUUUAUAGUCGUCACUCGAUUGAGCCGCCAUUUGCUUUCUUGCUAGCUUGCUCUCUCUGCAUUGUUCGGCAGCGGCAUCUAGAGGUUGGAACUUGGCAUUGCAGCUAGUAGAUCUAAAUGGACCGAACUGAAUAAGUCAUGGUGUCAGUAACCACUGGUAUUCAGGCACAGAAUAUUUAGAAAGACUUGGGGCUUAAUUCAAAAUUAAGAGAAAAUAGAUGCUUAGCUGCUGUACUACCGAGAACUAUUUGUAAUUAAAGAUUUCCAUUCAUAGCAAACAGGUCUUUCUAACUGCUGCAAUAGCUGGAACUUUUUAGUGCAACAAGUGGUUAUUGGAGAAGUGAGUCUGAAAGAAAUAAAGAUGAGUAAGAGCAAAGAUGAUGCUCCUCACGAACUAGAAAGCCAGUUUAUCUUACGGCUACCUCCAGAAUAUGCCUCUACUGUGAGGCGGGCAGUACAGUCUGGUCAUGUCAACCUGAAGGACAGACUGACAAUUGAGCUACACCCUGAUGGGCGUCAUGGAAUCGUCAGAGUGGACCGGGUCCCACUGGCCUCCAAAUUGGUAGAUCUGCCGUGUGUUAUGGAAAGUCUGAAAACCAUUGAUAAAAAAACUUUUUACAAGACAGCUGAUAUCUGUCAGAUGCUUGUCUCCACAGUUGAUGGUGAUCUGUGCCCUCCUGUGGAGGAACCAGUUGCUACUGCUGAUCCCAAAGCAAGCAAGAAAAAGGAUAAGGACAAAGAGAAGAAGUUUAUAUGGAACCAUGGAAUUACUCUGCCUCUAAAAAAUGUCAGAAAGAGAAGGUUCCGGAAGACAGCAAAGAAGAAGUAUAUUGAAUCUCCAGAUGUGGAAAAAGAAGUGAAGCGGUUGCUGAGUACAGAUGCUGAAGCUGUCAGUACUCGUUGGGAAAUAAUUGCUGAAGAUGAAACAAAAGAAACAGAAAAUCAAGGCCUUGAUAUCUCUUCUCCAGGAAUGUCUGGCCACAGGCAGGGCCAUGACUCACUAGAACACGAUGAGCUUCGGGAGAUAUUCAAUGAUCUCAGCAGCAGCAGUGAAGACGAAGAUGAGACACAGCAUCAGGAUGAAGAAGAUAUAAACAUCAUUGACACUGAGGAAGAUCUGGAAAGACAGCUACAGGACAAGCUAAAUGAAUCAGAUGAACAGCACCAAGAAAAUGAGGGAACUAAUCCGCUGGUUAUGGGAAUUCAGAAACAGAUUGAUAACAUGAAAGGCAAGCUCCAGGAGACACAGGACAGGGCAAAGCGACAGGAAGAUCUCAUCAUGAAAGUAGAAAACCUGGCCCUCAAGAACAGGUUUCAGGCUGUGCUGGAUGAACUCAAACAAAAGGAAGACCGAGAAAAGGAGCAGCUCAGCUCUUUGCAGGAAGAGCUAGAAUCACUCCUAGAGAAGUGAGAAGAGCUUUGAUACUGAAUUUCAUUCCUUAGACUAGUCAACAUUAAAGGAAAGUUCUUGGCUUCAUCACCUGGACUAGAUAUUAUAAUUUUGCAAUAGUUCUGAUUUCCUCCACUGCCUUCUAUUGUGUUUGUUUUAUAAACAAAUAUAAAUGUGAAUUUCUAUUUCAUUUGUCUCUCAGAACCACUUUGCUAGGUGUUUGUCCUGUAAAAAGUAGGAAUGUAUAGACAGAUAAGUGAUUGUAGGAAAGUUGUAGGGUUAGUGGAAUGAACAGUUCAACCUUAGUAAUCACAGCCUCACUGCAGGACUUUGCUGCUAUUUCUCCAUUUGCCAAAAGCUGGUGUUGCUGCUUUGUGGUGACAUCUGAGAUCAAUAAGAGUCUAGUCUGGAAGCAGUGAAGCUAGUUUGCAUAUGUUUUCCUAUGCAGUAGCUAUUUUCCUAGCUAUUCCAAGCAAUUUUCCACAUGUAGAGUUGCAAAUAGUUUCUUAAAGUUGUUUUAACACAAUAAAUAAAAGCAACUAAUUUUCA